UGUAAUCGGUAAAUGUUUCUCAAGUAUUUUAUGAAUAUUAAAAUAGUGUAAAAGAAUUUUGCAGCAGCAGUCAUCAGAAUUGGUGGCGACGCCAGGCACUCAAGAUGGUGGUUGUAGCUUGGCCAUUGGUGGUCGGAUCACAUCUCUAACAACAUAUUUUGUUAAAAAAAUAAACUUGGAUUAAUUUACGAAAGGAACAGAAAAUUGAAAAUGAAAUCAUUUAAGAAGUAAACCCCGACAUGAUCAUAUUAAUUACAUUAGUCAAAAAGGAAAAAAAUAUUUCAGAAAAAGAGAAAAAAUAAAAAAAGUGCUACAAGAUGAAGGGAUGAAAACGUGGGUUUUUUUCUUCAUAUCUUUUUUUCUUUGUGUAUAGAAAAUGUGGGCUUUACCCUUUUUUAGGCUUUUAUCGUGAUACCAUGUUAGGACAAAAUUUGAUUCCAUAUUUUUUCCAAAUCAGAAUCUCCAAUCAAAUUAUUACAGUCCUUAGAUUUUGGAAAUUACUAAUAUAUAUACACAUAUAUAUAAAAGCAAAAGCAACCACAAGCUCGGACUUCAUCUUCAAUGGAGAAAUUACACACCAUUCCAAUGAAAAAAACUCUCGGCCGUCAAAAGAUCGAAAUAAAAAAGUUGGAGAAGAAGAGCAGCAAACAAGUCACGUUUUCGAAACGUCGUGCCGGACUUUUCAAGAAAGCUGGCGAGCUCUCUGUUCUUUGCGGAGCAGAGGUAGCCAUUAUCGUCUUCUCUCCCAAUGAUAAGGUUUUUUGUUUCGGUCAUCCCGAUGUCGAUGUGCUUUUGGAUCGUUAUCUCACCGGAAAUUUGUCACCGCCGAAGCCAGCGGAGAGUUACAUUCCUGUAGCGGAGUUUAAUCGUGAUUUCGCUGAUUUUGCAUUGGAGUUCGAGGCAGAGAAGAAACGAGCGGCAGAAUUGAUUCGCGCGGCCGAGGAUUCGAGGAAGAACGGCGGAUUUUGGUGGCAGGAGGCGGCGGAAGGGAUGCGAUUGGAGGAAUUGAAGGAUUUCCGAUCGGCAUUGAUGGAUUUGAGAGCCAAAGUGGCGGAGAGAGUUGAGAAAUUGACAGCGGUAAGAAUUGGAGGGCCUUUGUUGCCAGCGCUACCUCCGCCGCCGCAGCCGCAGCCGCAGCCGAUGACGUCGUCGUCGUCGUUUCACCUUGCUGGAAACCACCAACAAUUGCCUCCUCCGAGGGCGUUUCAUCUCGCCGGAAACCACCGUGUCGCGACGGGGUUAGGGUUUUUCUAGAUAUUGUUUUUAGUUGCUCCAUUUGAUUUAUUUUUCUGAAUUAUUUGACAAUGGCUAACUCUUUUAAAAGCAUGCUGACUUCAUUGUGAAUGUUUUUUUCACCUUAAAUUUUGUU